UGGAAAGUAAUUGUUGACAGUAUGCUGAGAGAACAACAGUUAUCUGUAAUAUUUUCGAGAUUUCGGCCACAAACUCUAAAUUACUUUAAAGUCAUUUACUCAAUAAGUAAAAUUCGCUUUAAAAUGAAUCUAUUCGUUGUUAGUAAUUAUAAAUUCUUGUAUUGUUUAAUGUAAUUGAACUUGAUAUUUAUAUCCUUACUAAUAAAUAUGCAUUUUAAGCGAUUGAAGAGCAUUCAUAUUUCACCUGAUUUAUUGUUACUGCGUAAUAUACCACCCUAAAUGUAAGUGAAUAGGAUGGAGGAUAUGACCAGUUUUGAAUCUGUUGGAAUAAAUAUGACUAUUCCCACACAACAAAAUCAUCAUUUGACUGUUAACUGUUCUGUAAAAGAUUGCUGAAAUUUCAUACAACCCCAUGUAAUCCUAUGCAUUUGUAUUUUUGUGCACUCAGAUGGGUAAAAAAAAGAAAUGGAAUCGUCCCCUUUGUGAUAACACUAAUCAGUGCUUUCCUCAGGGAGAAUUCUGUAUUAAUGUAGAACAUCCAGAUUCCAAUAAUUUCCAGAAUUUUGAAUCCCGUUUGGGUGUAACUGUACCCAAUUGGUCAAGACCUGCUAUCCAGUCACAACUGAGAUGUGAGAUAUGUGAAAGGGUUUUUCAGUAUCCCAGUCAGUUAAGAGAUCAUAUGCUCAUACAUACUCGCGUACGUAGGUUUGUCUGCCAGGUAUGUGGUAUGAAGUUUAUGAAAGAGCAUCAUCUUAAAGCACAUCAAGCUACUCACAGUUCAGUGAAACCCUUUGCAUGCCCUAUAUGUGGACGCACAUUUACAUUGAAAGCAAACAUGGAACGGCAUACCUAUAUACAUAACACUGAACGUCGUUUCACAUGUGAGCAAUGUGGAAAGAAAUUUUCUCAACCACAGACUUUAAAAAUGCAUAUGAUUUCUCAUUCGGAUGUGAAGCCAUUUGCUUGCAAUAUUUGUGGCAAAGGCCUCUCAAGAGCGCACAAUCUCCGAGCCCACAUGGCUAUUCAUCGAAAUAAUAAGCCUUUCAAAUGUCAUCUUUGUAACAGCUCAUUCACAUUAAAAGGUAAUAUGCAACGUCAUUUAAAAGAGAAGCAUGGUGUUACAGAAGCAGAAAUUCCUCAGCAUCCAGAACCUGCACCAAGCUUGUCCAGUGAGAGUUUUAUCCUCUCUUUGGACCCUGCAGAUGCUGUUGGUUCUCCAACAGGAUCUCGAAUAAGUGAGGAGGAUAUGUCUCAAAACUGUAAUCAAACAGCUGAUCUACCUCAAAAUAAUAAACGGAGAAAAAAUCCACCUAAGCGUGUGAAAUGUGAGACUCCAAACAGUGAACAUGACAAUUUAAGUAAGAGUUCUCCUAAUGAGCAAGAUCCUCACCGCCAAGCAGAGUACCAAGGAGUGCCAGUAUCUUCAGUCAAUAAUGUGAUGCCAGCGCCAAACAAUUUCCAACAAGUUCAGUCAAAUACUUUAGUGCCAGUUAACAAUUCAUUUCCUCCUUCUUCCCAGCUACAACUCUGCAACCCUCCAAUAAAUGUUGGAAAUCCGUCUGAUCAUAAACCGUUCACCCCUUGCGCAUUGCCCUUGCAAGCAAGUUUAGGGCAUUCUGGCUUUGGACCUGUUUCAGUUGCCAGUUUUUUGCCAAGGCCACCAGGUUUUUAUGCUGAUAGUGGCAUGCUGACUGUACCACCAAAUCCAUUCCCUAGUGAAAAUGUUGAAUCUAAACUGCAAACUAUUCAUUCAGCUAUAGAUGACUUAGCGGGUAAGCUUUCUUCUCCACAUGAAAAAGUCAUGGCAAUACAUGAAGCUUUGGAUGAACUUAUUCAUCUACGUCCUGAAAAUCCUGCAAAUAAUUUUAGGUUCUUACAUGCCACCUCACGCAGCUGACGAUGUAAGAGAAUUUGAUGAGCAGGUACUUCAUUUUCCUUUGCCCACUCUGAUCAAGCAUUAAAAUUUAAAAUGGCAACCUUUUAUUUUUCUAAACACUUUUUAGUCAUGCACAUUAAAUUUCCAGUUUACUAAGUUUUUUAAAUGUGUUUUUAACAAUUAAUUUGUCAGAACAUUUUUAUUUCUUUAUAUACUAACCUUUUAAUAUCAGUUCACUUAAUUAGGUGAUGAACAGUACAAAACAUUAAUCUCAAAAGCAUCUUGCAUAUCAUUAAUAAAGUAGUAUUUGCUUCUAAUAUUCUUAGUCAUUCAUAUUUCAAGUGUACAGGUGAUCAUAAAAAACUUCUCCAAUAAAUGAACCCUUAGCGGACUAUCCACUCAAACAGUCAAGAUGAAACUUCAGGUACUGUUAUUUGAAGAUGUGUAACCAAGAUUAUGAUGAUUCAAAACAAUAAAGCUCUCGUGGUUAUAUUAUUACAGUGAACAAGUUUUGAAAUUUUUGAGUGGCUACACCUACUUUUAUCCUGUUCAAAUUGAUCAGCACAUUGAAAAAACAUAAAUGGCCUUGAAACAAUACACGUGUGACAAAAAUUGACUGUGUAAAACAUUUGCAAAGAAGAGCAUUGGAAAGGACCAGUGACAACCUGAGAGGAGAGAGAUAUUAUUGGAAUUACAACUUUUCAACAUGUCCACCUUUGUAGAAGAUAAUGCAUUGCAUACAGGAGAUUAUUGAAGCAGUGACUAGUGUAACAUUACAGGAGAAAUCUGUAUAGCAUCAUGUUUGGCAUCUUUCAGUUCUGGGAACUCUCCUGGAUGUGAUGUGUACAGUUUAGAUUUUGGGUAAGCCCAGAACCAGAAAUACAUUGGAAUGAGGUCAGGGAUUGUGGUGGCCACGAAACUGCAAAGUGAUGGGAGAUGACUCUGUCUUCAAAUGAUGUACACAUUGAAAACUUGUAAAUUCCUAUAAAAGUUCCCCCUACCUAUCUUAAUGUGUGUGUGUGUGAUUAUGACAAAGCCUCGAGGGCUAUCUGCCUAAGGGGAGGAAUGCCUUUAUGAAGGGCUUUCUAAGGGAACUGGCUCAUAUACACAUUGCACAUGGGGAAAACCACAAAAACGCCCAUGCAGCCAGCCCGUUCGCGGAAUUCGAACCUCAGACCGAACUAUCAGUGUUCAGCGACUUUACCGCUCGGCCACUGGUGGGCCCCAUCUUAAUGUCAUUAGUUCUUUACAAUCUUCUUCUGUGAAAAUGUUGUACGGUGUCAAUUUUAAUCAUACUUACAUUGCUGUAACACCAUUUUACAGUUUUUCAGUGCAGUUAUCAAUUUGCAUAGGAAAAGGUGGGCAUUAAAAAUUUUGAAAUUUUUUCACUGUAACUGUAAUUGUGAGAGCUGUAUUAUUUUAAAACAUUACAAUCUUAAGAGUAUACAUUCAAAUAGCAAUACCUCAAAUUUCAUUUCGAUAGUUUUAAGCAGAUAGACUGCUAGGAGCUCAUUUUCGGAGAUGUGUUUUUAUGACUAUCUAGAGACGAGUUCAUUUAAAUUUCAAUUGCAUAGAUUUGCAUCAUUAAAAUUUGAAAUAGCACAAAUUCAAAUUUUAUAAGUUACCUUGUAAUAUUUUGUGUGCAAACAUAUAACAGCUCUCUGUGUAAAUGUCAGGAGCAUCAGUCUUUUACAUUCCUUAUUGAGUUCAUAGUUAAGAAAAUAUUUAUUAUUUAAUAAAUGACAUAAUUUUAUGUAAUGUUUGUCAACAUAUGCAAAUUAUGUAUGUAUUAAUAGCUGCUGUGCGUCUACCAGUCUGUUAAACAUUGUUUUAUUUUUUAUUCCUGACAUUUCUAAUGCAUUCUCAGGACUAAACGUUUUUCACCUGACUCAGGAAAACUACAACGUUUGAACAAAUAAAACAGCAUGCAUCCAUGUAUUCUACCAUUUUAUAAUAAAUUCAGUUUAGUUCCUAAAGUAAAAAAGCCAUCUGUAUGUGUGUGUAUGUGUAAUAGUGCUUUGAUAAUUGUCAGUUUUAUUAUUUAUAAUCAGUAUGGUACUUGUAGAAGGAAAUCUUACAGACUUACGUUCAUUUUUAUAAAUGUACAAAUGGAAAAUUUUUAUCCUUAUCAGAAAGUUUGAAAUAGAAUAUUGCUUUAUGAAAAUUAGCUAAACAAUUUGUAAUUAUUUAAACAAAUUGAAAAAUUGUUUACUUUCAUAGUGUGUUAAUGUUUAAAAGCUAAUCAAUGAAUCUUUACACACACAUAUGUAAAAAUGAAUACAUACAAAGCAGUUCAAAAAUCUAAUCAUAUUUGCAUACUGAAAACAGCAACAGGUGGUGGUAAUAAUGUAAAUAAUACAUAUAAAAUCCAGCCCAUAUUCAAAUGGAAAUAAACCAUAUGCAAAAAAACUAGAAGACGAUGUCAAACUGCAUGAAAUGGCAAAACAUCCCAAAACCAAAAAUGGAAAAAGAAAUUUACAUCUUUCUUUGCAUCAUCAUCAAGGGGUUGUGCAACAAAUGUCAAAAUGAAGAUGAAAUUUACAACUUUCACUGCAUCGUCAUCAGAGGGUUGGAGUGCAAGAAGGAAAUAAGUAAAAAUAAUAAUUAAAUGGCCUGUUUCUGAACCAACAAAGAUGCAAAUUAAAGUUUAAUACUUAAAAUAAUCUAAAAAAGAACAAUAGAAGUAAUAGGCAUCUUUAUCAGUUCAACGCCUACAGGCCAAAAUAAAAAGUAUUACACACAUAUAUAUUGUUAUAUGUGUAUGUGUGUGAAAAAUUAUCGCAAACUAGUUUUGCAUUCAUUUUUCAUUGUUUUUAUUAAUAGUAGUAAAUAAUUUUAUUGUGAAGCUGCAUAAUGAAAUACAUGCUUUCUAUUUAAGAAACAUUUUAUGUAUGUAUAGUAUUUCAAAUAUUCAUAUAUUUGCAGAGCAUGAAUUAAAACUCUUUUAUUAGAUUCAGUUAAUUUAAUUUGUAUCAGUCACACAAAUUUUGUAUAAAAUUUCUAUAGUAGAAUUCUCUUUCUUGCAUUUAUAAAGAAGCCUGAUAAAAACUUGGGAAAAUAUUUGAUAAUUUUUUAUUAUUAAUUAAAUCAAAACUUUUAAUUUUUUAGGACAGGAGUGAUAGAUCACUAAAAUACUGGUAGAUUGUCCCAGGUUUAAAUCCCAGUGAACGGGCAAGCAACAUGUGGAUUUUUUUUUUUUUUUUUUUUUUUAUGAUUUUCUCCAUGUGCAAUGUAAAUAUGAACUAGUUUCUCUUGAAGAGCCCUCCUCAAAGCAUCCCUCCUGUUAGGCUGAUAGCCUUCUCAUGCUUUGCCAUAAUCCAAUCCAAUCAGUCAAUUCUUAAGAUUGUAAGAAUUGGAGAAAAAUAUAUCUUCUUAUUUUUUAAAUUAGGAAAAAAAAAAAAAAGUGGAUGCAGUUCUGGUUAUGUAUUUAACCUACACAUGCAGGAUAAAAUGUAUACCUUUGUUCUUUCCUCAUCCUGUAGCAAUAUUUGGGUAAUAACAUAUAACCUGAUGCACAAAGAUUUUUAAGCAUUACAUGGAAUUACCAAAUUCCUUUUGAUACAGAUCUAUAGUGUAAAUAUAAUUUUUUUAUAUCAGGGUCUGUAAUAAGAAUAUAGUUCGUUAUUUUUCUUGUAUAUUUAUGUAAUUUUAAUUUAAUAAUCAAUAAUAAAUUUUAAUGUUUUAAUUGAAAUUUAAUUAACUUAGUGAAUAAAUCAGGACCUCAGUUUGAGAAGUUCUGACGACAUUUUUCUUAUAAGUUAUCCUGAUUUGCACAUAUGUUUAUAUAUUUAAAAUUUGUUUUGCUUUAAUGCAAUAUUUUAAUUGAAUAAAUAGUCCGUUUUGUUUUCUUACUUCUUCCUUUGUUAAAAAGAAUUUCCUUCUUUGUCUACAUAUUUGCUAGCAAGUGCUUCUUGUAUUGUCUUUAAGAAACAAAAUUUUAUUUACAUUGAGUUAUUGUGAAAAACUCGUGUGUUUCCCCUCCUCCAUAAUGGUAAACAACAAAAUUAAUUCUAACUUGUAAAAAAUGCUUAUAUUUAAUGCAUUUUAUUUUAGAUUAAAAACAAGAUAUGGGUAGUGCUAUUGUUUGCUUUUUGAUAUUCAGCAUAUUUGUAUAAUCAAAUGUGAAAAUAUUUUUGUGCUUAAUACAAGUAAAAGCGCAUUUUUUGUAAAAGAUAGUAUUUAUGAAUUAUCCCCCCCCCCAAAAUACAAUUUUAUCACUGUUUCAAGAAAAUGUUGCUGCUGAAAAAUUCAUCGAGAAAAUGCAAAUCUCAAUUUUUGUAAGAUCAAUUUCCAAGUUACCUUUUGUCUCCAUUGAAAAAAUUCAUUUUUUAAUCCUAAAAAUCCUUAUUCUAGACUGUAUUUUUGGAGAAUUUUAUAAUAUGCAUUGUCAGCAUGGUUUGAUAUAUAUCAAUUAAUCCAACAGAACUUUAAAUUCUCAGGUCAGUUAAAAAAAAAAUUAAAUAAGUCUUAACUUUAUAAUUUUUAUUCACUUGACAUUCUAUUAAACUUCUUUUGCAAAUUACCCAAAAUAAAUACUACAGGUGAUGAUUUAGAUUUCUCUCAAGCUUUCCAUAUACAUUAAAAUCUGUCAGCUUCGAUUAGUGAUUUUGAUUCCAAUCAUAUUUUUCUCAGAAUAUUUUAUAUAUACAGCUGUUUGGAAAUGUUGAGAAUAAUUUUGUUACUUUUGUUACUUAUCUGUUGGGCUAUAUCGAAAUGCAUAGUUGUACCAAGUUGAUUAUCACUAAUAAUUUAAAUACAAUUUUUUAAAAAACAAUAUCAAGAAUGUUAUCCUGAAUGACUUAAGUUGCAAAAUUUGUUGGAAUAUAGACAAAAUAUAGAUUUUUACAUUUUUUUUUAAAUCCUGCAUAUUUGAAGAUAUUUUGCACUGAAAAAAAAUAGACUUGCAUUUAAAAUAGCUUCAUAUAUAUGAACUUAAUGUAUUAAACACUACAAGAGAAGUAAAUGAUCUAAAUAUUGAAAAUCCAAAUUCUUAACAUAAAAUUAAAUGUUUUCUUUCAGCUCAGAAUUAAGCAAAUAAAUGCAUUUUUAAAUGGUAGGAAUGCAUAUAAGUAUUUUUCAGAAUAGCAUUUUAAGGGAGAAAACUUAUAUUUAAGUCUAUAUAGUAAGAACAUCACAAAACAAAUGAAACUUCAUAUUACAUCUACAUCGCAUAGAAAAUACUUCUGAAAGUUAGGAAGCUCUAAGAACAAAU